GUUGUGUUGUGUUGUGUUGUGUUGUGUUGUGUUGUAGAUCUGCACGCCCGCCCGCCUGUUCUUGGUUUAUGUAUGAGAAAAGGAAGCGCAGUAUGUACAGUAUUGAGUGAACUUUGUUUGUGGGUGGGUGAUGGGAGUGCGAUCCAAGACCGAGAGAGGUAUGCCAGGUAGUAAUGAUGAUACUAGGUAAUACUGCAUGGAUACCUACCGCCCGACGGUUUCUCUACGAUUAUAUAUAUGUACUACUAGGUACUGUGUGUUGUGCGGUCACAGUACUCACCUACCUACCUACUCUACUCUACUCUCCUCUACUGGCUGGUAUCAUUCUCCUGGCUCAGGGACCAAAAAAAAUCCAAGGUGGGGUCGAUUUUCUUCGGGAGGUCGACAAGCGCGCGCGGCUUCCCAUUGUCCCUCCUCCUCUCCCGCCUCCACCACCACAACCACCAGUCACCGCCCAGUCCACUCCGACGUCAGGGCGCAGGAAGGAGGGUCGAGCCCGCUUCCGUCAUUGUAUAUAUUAAUCAUCACAUACUGAGUACCUAAUCCCUACCCACCACAUGAAAUUUCCGUGACGUUUUCACCACCGUGGUUCCCAACACAGAUCUGCCUAGAUACCUGCCUGAUAUAUUGCAU